AAGAUGAUGAAGAUGAUGAUGGUCCUCUCCGGUCUCCUCUGUGUCUCAGCUGACGUGCUUCGUAUUGAGGGCUGUUCAGAGACUGAUGGAGAGGUGAUGUAUGGAAUGGAUGGUGAAGAGGCUUGGUACGCAGACUUUAAGAACAAGAAAGGAGUCAAGGUUCUGCCCAGUUUUGUAGAUCCUGUGAGAGUCCCAGAAGGACUUUAUGAAGAAUCUGUGAUUAAUCGACAUGGCUGCAAAGGUGCCCUGGAAUUUACACGUGAAGCUUUCAAGGACCUCCCACUGCAGCAGGAUGCUCCUUCCAGUCUGAUGGUGUACACCAAAGAAUCCGUGGAGCUCGGAGAGAAGAACACCCUCAUCUGUUAUGUGACUGGUUUCUAUCCUGCUCCUGUCAUCUUCUCCUGGACAAAGAACGGAGAGAACAUCACCGAAGGAAGCAGCACCAACGUUCCCUACCCCAACAAAGAUGGUUCCUUCAACCAGUUCUCCAGACUGGAGUUCAUCCCACAGCUGGGAGACAUCUACAGCUGUAGAGUCAAACAUGUGGCCCUGGAAAAACCACUAUCCAGAAUCUGGGAUGUGGAGAAGACUCAGCCCGGUAUUGGACCUGCAGUUUUCUGUGGACUGGGUCUGACUUUCGGUCUGAUCGGUGUGGCCGUUGGAACUUUCUUCCUCAUAAAAUGA